AUGAAAGCAAACCUCACACCCCUCUCCUCCCUCCGCACAACCAUCCACCACGUCCCGUCUUACAAAAACCUUCCAAACUGCACCUCCUACCCCCUCGUACUAUACCACUCCGCCUUCCAGCCUCCCGUAUCCCCUUCCACCAUCGAAUCUCAACUCCACGAUACAGGAGUCGUGUCACCCCAGUGGCGGUAUACAAUGUACACCACCACACACUACCACAGCACCACCCACGAAGUCCUGACUGUUUCUCACGGCCGCGCAAGACUCUGCUUCGGCGGAGAACAGAACCCAGAGAGAUAUGAGCCGGUCGUUUCCCAGGGCGACGUGAUGAUUGUGCCUGCGGGCUUGGCUCAUCGGCUGCUAGAGGAUAUGGAUGGCGGAUUUGAAAUGGUGGGUAGUUAUCCACCCGGUGAAGCAUGGGACAUGUGCUACGGCCGUGAAGGGGAGCGUGACAAGAGGGAGACGAUCCAGAAUGUGAAGUGGUUUGAGAGGGACCCUGUUUACGGCGAUGCCGGCCCUGUUGUGGACGUGUGA